UGUUCUUAUACAUUGUGAUGUACCUUGGACCAGAUUUGGGUCAGUUAUUUUUAAAUUACAGUAAUUACCUCUCUGAUGGUCAAGGUAUGGUACUCAGAAUCAAAAUUUAUUAAAACCAAGGUUAAAAAGUGGGAGUGAUAAUAAUCUCUCGUUAGACGCAUUGCAUCAGUUUUAAUCAAUCUUUAGUAGAGACAGGCGUAAAAAUGAGUGCUUCGUUAUCUGACGAACAAAAUAAACUAGUCAAGGAAGUGGCAGAAAGUCAAGGUUUUAAAGAUUAUAAAAUCGAUGUCCAGGCGGGAUCUUUAAAAGGCGAUGGCUAUUUGGGAAUUAUCAACAUCGUCAAAAUCUGGGAUAACAGCAAGGAGCUUAAUCUGGUGAUUAAAUCAGCACUUAGUGGGAAACAACUAAGAGAACAAGCUCCCGUUAGGAAAGCCUACGAGAGGGAAAUUUAUAUGUACACAACGAUUUUCCCCGAAUUUGAAAAACUUUCACGCGAAAGGAGCAUCAAGAACAGCUUCAGGGAAAUUGCAAAGUGCUACGGAAGUUUUCUUAAGGAAUACGAAGAGUGCCUAAUUUUAGAAAAUCUUAAAGAAAUUGAUUACAAGCUAUGGAAUCGCAAAAUACCAAUGAAUGCAGAUCAUGUCGCUUUAGGAUUUGCCACUUAUGGCAAAUUUCAUGGAACUGGACUGGCUUUGAAAUACCUCAAACCAGAGUUAUACCAAGAAAUGAGCAAAAACCUGAAAAACAUUUUCUACAGCGAAGAGGAAACGCCAGAAGAGAAAGCGAAAUUUGCCGAGAGCUCGAAACUCAUAUUCGGAAACGGCUUCAAAGCAGUUGCAGGAAACGCACAAGCCACUCAAGCCCUCACUCGGUUCACCCAACAAUGCGAAAAAUUCUUUGGAGAAGACGUCAAAAGAAUCGAUAAAUAUUCGACAAUUCUCCAUGGCGAUUGCUGGUGCAACAACAUGAUGUACAAAUAUAUGGAUAAAACAAAUCCGGGGAAACCAACAGAGAUGUGUUUCCUCGACUGGCAAAUAGCCCACAUCGGGUCCCCAAUUUUUGACCUCGCGUACUUCUUCUGUGCCAACAGUGGAAAGGAAGUUUUAUACGACAUUGAGAAUUUUUUGAAAAUCUAUCACGAAAAUUUAUCAGCCACAAUUCAGCAGGCGGGCUUAAACCCCGAAGAAGUUUUUUCAUUUGAAGAAUUGCAGUGCCAGUGGAAACAUUAUGCGAGAUUCGGUCUGUUUAUGGCACUGUUCGUAAUGAGAGUUAUUUUGAGUGAAGUCGAUGAAGUCCCAGAUUUGAGCAAGUGUGCCGAGGAGGGAAAAGAUAUCUUGCAGUCGAUCAGCUCGUCAAAAGCUUCGAACAAUGAAGAGAUUAAUAAACGUAUUACGGAUAUUGCGAUUUUUAUGGACGAAUUUGGUUAUCUAAGAAUAGUUAAAAUGACCACAACUGUUCAACUAGAAUCAAAACUCAACACUUUGCUCACAAAUGCUGCAAAAAAUUUAAACAUCCAAAAAUUUAGCAUAGACCUCGAUUUAUGCGCUCUUAAAGGUGAUGGCUUUCUUUGCGAAAUAUACAAAGCGGCUAUAAUUGACCAAGAAACCAACAAAAAAAUUAACGUUGUUAUCAAAGUGGCACCAAGUGAUCAAAGGCGGAGGGAGGCAACUUGUAUACAAGAGGCCUACAGCAAUGAAAUUUUAUUCUACUCUGAAGUAUUUCCCGUUUUUAUUAAGUUCCAACAAGAACACCAAACCACACAAUUGUUUAAUAACGUCCCUCGUUAUAUAACAAGUGUGGGAAAACUUGGCGAAGAAAUGAUCGUUCUGGCAGACAUCACAAAGGCCGGUUUUAUAAUGAGAGACAAAAAUUUAGCACUAGAUGAAGAACAUGCAAAGUUGAUUUUUAAAACUUAUGGCAGAUUCCAUGCUAUUUCUUUCUGCCUGAAGCACCAGAAUUUAGAAGUGUAUAAAAAUCUGACUAAAAAAUUAGUCAAUGUCCCUGCAGUUUUUGGGCACAAGGAUGGGUUUUGCCGAGGCUUGAAAGGAAUGGCUGGAAAAGCCUUCAAAAUUCUGGAUCCCAACUUGCAAACAGCUUUUAAAAAGUAUGAGGAAAAUACCGUAGAAAUGUAUCUCCAAGUGUUGAAAUAUGAAGGGAAAUAUUCAUGUAUUCUUCACGGGGACUGUUGGUCCAAUAAUAUGAUGUUCAAAUAUCAGAAUUCGCAAAUCGUCGAUGUUCAAAUGAUGGAUUUUCAAAUGUCGUUUGAGGGCACUCCAGUGUACGAUUUGUCAUACUUUUUCUAUUCCGGAGGGUCUAAACAAUUAUUUGAUAAAUUAGAAACUUUCUUAGAUAUUUACUACGAAAGUUUUUCUAAAUGUGCGAAAGCGUUAGGUGGUGAUCCGGAAAAGCUUUUACCUAGAGAGAUACUUACAGAAGACUGGAAAAAAUAUUCCCAAUUUGGAAUGUUAAUGGCACUUCUUUUAACUCAAGUGAAACUGAUGAGUAAAGAAGAAUCGGUUAAAUUAUCAGAAUCGACUGGGCAAAAAAACCAAAAUAAACUAACGAGUGCUAACGUGGACGAGGCUGUUUUUAAUGAAAGAAUUCGCAAUCUUUUGAUUCACUUGAAUGAGAUCGGAGCUUUGUAAUUACAAUGAUAAAUAAAACAAUUCCUAUUAAACAACAA